UGCCCAAAAAGAUCUUAUUUUUCAAAAGGGUUAAAAAAACAGAUAAGACCAUUUAUAUAUAUAUUCCUCUCCAAAAUCUCUCUGUCUCAGACUGUUUGUCUACAGACGACAAGUAGAUUCCUUUUUCUUUGCUUUCCCAGCAUCCAAUAAUUGUCAUAUAAUUUCUCGAGAAUUAAGAUUCUUGUUUAGUUCCCGAGAAAAUAAAUCUCGAUUUCCUCUCUGCUAUUAUCUGUUCCCGGAGCUUGUUCUUUUCUGAUUUGAAGUUGGGAUAAUUUGUGAGAUCAAGAGCUUAUAGACAAGGUCAACGGAAAGAAGAAUAACACACUAUUAAAUGAACAAGAUCAAUCAAGAUUUGAGCUUGGUGGAAUCAAGAAUGGAAGGAGAUGUGUUUUCUGGAUUUGGAGAGAGAUACCAGAUGGACGGUAAAUUAUUGCAGAAUUUCCAGAAGAGCUUUGUUCAAGUUCAGGACAUUCUUGAUCAGAACCGGCUUUUGAUCAACGAGAUCAAUCAGAACCACGAGUCCAAACAAGCGGAUCACUUGGGUCGAAAUGUUGGUUUGAUAAGAGAGCUCAACAACAAUAUCAGAACAGUGGCAAGUCUUUAUGGAGAUCUCUCUCAUUCUUUCGCUAGAUCGAUAGAUGCUUCAUCAGAAGGGGAAUCUACUGGGACCUUGAAAUCUGAUGGCAAGGCCAACAACCAAAAGAGAUUUAGAUCCGGGUAAAGAUCGAUCUUUGUUUCUGUAGAUUCAGUGCUAAUUUGAGUGUGGAUUCAAGGAAUGACAAGUUGUUGUUGUUGUUGAACAGAAAGACAAUGAUAUUUGUGUAAUGCUUGAGUGUGUCUUCACAAGAGUGUUGCUUCUGUAAUUUCGGUUGAAAUGAUAUCUACAAUCUGUUCAUGUCUUUGAUUCUGAGAUGAUAAAAGAAGUUCCUCU